AGCUGCUGCAACAACCAACCUGCCAUGAAGACCUUUCUGGUGUUCCUCGUAGCCGCCGUCGCUGUUGCCACGGCCAGGCCCGGGUAUGUGGGACUCGGUGGCGGCCACGGUGGCUUUGGAGGCGGUCACGGCGGCUUCAGCGGAGAGUACGGCGGCGGCUUCAGCGGAGGAUACGGGGGCGGACACGGAGGCGGCGGCGGCGGACACGGCAUCCACGCCGGCUACGCCUCCUUCGGUCCCGCCCACAUCGCCGUGGGCCCCGGCGGCUACGUGCAGGACACAGUGGAGGUUGCCGCCCACAGGGCCGCCCACCUCGCCGCCGUGGCGCACACGCACGCCCGCGACGCCGCCGUCAACGCCCACGACGCCGCCUUCGGCCACGGGGGCGGCGGCUACGGCCACGGGGGCGGCGGCUACGGAUACGGUGGGCACGGCCACCACGGCUAGACGGACGCGUGCUCCAUCAAGGAUGACA